UACGAAAUUCCACGACUCUUCGAACCCGUCAAGUUUGAUUUGUCUCAAUCGGGCGAUUCACCUCAUCAUGUGAUGUCGUCUCAGUCCGCUGGCGAGGAGAUAGCAUCUGGGACUGACGUUCAUGUAGGGCUUUUGGUAUUUGAUGAAGAGGAGGAUGACGCACCUGAGAAGAUUGAGAAAGGAAAUAACGAAGCGACGUUACCAGAAGAUGUUGUUUCUAGCAUGCCUUCGACUUCCUUGGUAGGACCAACUAUUGUCGAACCACCAACGCUAAUGGAAAUCCCGAUGGAAAACACGAAAGAGGCUACGUAUGAAUCAUCGUCGUCGGAAACGGUCGUCAAGCCUUCGUCGCCACUUCAAGCCUCUGCCACUCCGACCACCACCUUCCCGGCUCCUCCACAACGAACAUUUAUGCCUUUGCGAGAUCCAGAGCCCGUCGUGCUAACAUCUCAAGCCACCGAAAAAGAAACAUCUCACUACCAAGUCCCAUCGUUGAAUCUUAAUAAUUCUGCUGCGAAGGAAAAUGCAUCUGAAGACGCUGGCCUUGUAUCUUCCACCACUAGUAGUACACAGCCAACUGUUGCUAAGGAAUCGAGUGAAACGACUAUCGGUGUUACAGUCUCUCCAGUCACCAUUAGCAAUAGCCCUACGAUACAAACACAUACGACUGUAUCUACAAUGACACCGCCAAUGUCACCUCCUCAAACUGACCAACUUUUACUUUCAAGAGCGACGAAUGUUUCUCCUCGUCUAUUUUUAAACGACGUUUCAAUGUCUCCCACGCAAGCUAGUACCAGCAAUAAGUCAACCGUCGCCGCGAAAUCUCAGUCAGAUCGACGUCGUUCUCGUUCGCCUCGUCGGAUCACUUCGACCAGAUCAUCGCCACCGUUGACACGGUCGGCUCAACGACGAAGGCUUGCUACGCCCCAUCAGUCGCCGACAGAUAGUCCCAUAUCGUUUGUCACUCCGGUGCGAAGAACGUCCCCUCGAAGAAAACUACCGGAGCAGAAAAAACCGGCGAAGUUUGCCUCACACAGCAUGACAUUGCGGGCACGUAGCUGUUCCAGUAAGUUAACAAGAAGUGCGAAGCUACCGAAUACCACCUGAAGUCUUCUAUCAUUUUGUAAGUUUUUCUUUUAACAUGUGGCACCGGCUUUUGAAAUUUUAAGUUCUAGGUUUGACUGUACGUAAUUGAAUGUAGAAUCUAUUGUUUUACGUCAUUUAUUUUUCAUGUAAUUCUUCAUCUGGAUAACGAAUGUUUACCAACAUUUUUAAA